AGUGGACUGAUCUCAUGAGGAAGAAGCUGGGGCUAUAAGUCUCAAAGCUGACAGGUUCAGAAAAGCAAAACAGAAGCUGAAAAACUUGUAUUUCGCAGGUGUGAGGUGCUUGGUAAAUAACACUCCAUUUUGGUUUAUUAAAACGUUUAAUUUUGCAUCUUUUUAAUGUUUUUUGUUUGUUUUAUUAAUGUAGUGAUUUAACAAAGCAGGAAACAAUAAAAAAAAAAAUUGUUGUUAGACCAAACUAAACAUUCAGCACAGACCACUACCAAAGAGAAACAGAACUCCAUCUCUGGUGAUGCUGCUCUUCUGUACUGCAGUUCACCGCCAGACCUCACGACGGCGACAAGCUAUAUACCAUGAUGCGAAAGGACCGGCGCCGGAAGUUUCAGCUGGCUAGGAAUACAUUGCUACAUGACUACUUACCCGAAAGCUAGGUGGCGUUGACAACAUAAGUUAUAGUCAUGGCUACUGGAGCUGACGUGAGGGACAUUCUGGAGUUGACAGGAGGGGACAAUGAUGCUCCCAUCAGUAAGAAGGAUUUCAUCAACUCGGAAAAGAAAAAAGCCAAGAAGACAACAGAAGCGCUGACCUUCAAGAGACCAGAGGGAAUGCACCGGGAGGUCUAUGCGCUGCUCUACUCAGAUAAAAAAGAUGCGCCGCCUCUGUUGCCUAGCGAUACAACUCAGGGCUACAGGACCGUCAAGGCCAAGUUGGGCUGUAAAAAGGUGCGUCCCUGGAAGUGGAUGCCCUUCACGAAUCCUGCCCGCAAAGAUGGAGCCAUAUUCCAUCACUGGAGACGCACAGCCGAGGAGGGCAAAGACUAUCCGUUUGCACGCUUCAACAAGACGGUGCAGGUGCCGGUGUACUCGGAGCAGGAGUAUCAGUUGUAUCUCCAUGACGACGGCUGGACCAAAGCGGAGACGGACCACCUCUUUGACCUGUGCAAGCGCUUCGACCUGCGCUUCGUGGUGGUCCACGACCGCUACGACCACCAGCAGUACAGGAAGCGCUCAGUGGAAGACCUGAAAGAGCGAUACUAUUGCAUUUGCGGCAAGCUGAUGAAGGUGCGCGCAGCAUCGGGGGCGGAGCCAAAGAUCUACAUAUUUGACGCUGGCCACGAGAGGCGCAGGAAAGAACAGCUGGAUAAGCUGUUCAACCGCACACCUGAGCAGGUGGCGGAAGAGGAGUAUCUGACCACAGAGCUACGGAAGAUCGAGGGCAGAAAGAAAGAGCGGGAAAAGAAGGCCCAGGACCUGCAGAAACUCAUCAAGGCCGCAGACACCAACACAGAGUUGAGGCGUGCGGAGAAGCGGGUUUCUAAGAAGAAGCUCCCCCAGAAAAGAGAAACAGAGAAGCCGGCCGUUCCAGAGACAGCAGGCAUCAAAUUCCCAGACUUCAAGUCUGCAGGUGUCACACUCCGCAGCCAGAGGAUGAAGCUGCCUAGCUCUGUAGGGCAGAAGAAGAUUAAAGCCAUUGAGCAGAUCCUGACGGAACAAGGAGUGGACCUCAACCCCAUGACCACGGAGGAGAUCGUGCAGAUGUUCAACGAGCUGCGCAGCGACCUGGUGCUGGUCUACGAGCUGAAGCAGGCGCUCAGCAACUGUGAGUACGAGCAGCAGAUGCUGCGGCAUCGCUACGAGGCCCUGCUGAAGGCUGGCGGCGGCGGCGGCGGCGGCUUCCAGGGGGUCGUGACGGUGUCCACGCCCCAGGCGGCGGAGCCCAACGUGGGCAACAGCGGCAGCGUCACGCCGUGCACCCCCGGAGGAGAUGCCCUGGCCUGGCCCGGCCUCAUGGACGACAUCAAGGUGGAGGCCAAGGAGCAGAUUAUCGACGUGGUGGGCGCGCCGCUCACCCCCAACUCGCGCAAACGGAGAGAGUCGGCCUCCAGCUGCUCUUCGGUGAAGAAGAUGAAGAAACCUUGAUGAUGAAGAUGAAAGCGCCUCCACACACACACACACACACACACACACACACACCGAGUGGGAUGACGUGUCACCCGUUUUCAUCACUGGCUUAAUGUCCCCCAUGGCCUCCUGCGCGGACACACAGCUAUAUCCACUCCUCUAAGUAACUAACUAACUAACUGGGCUCGCUCCAUGCAAGCAACACACACAAACACACGCACACACACACACACACACACACACACACACACACACAAGGGGGCACAGGGGUGGACACACACACGGUGUCACCCACACGCUAUGGAGACAAAGGCUACAACUGAGUGACAUUCCAUUUCAUUACCCCUCCUCGUGGGGCCCUCGGUCGGCACUCUGGCCCCUCAGAUGAGGCCCAGAUCAACUGUAAAUUGCCCGGCCAAGCUAAUAGGGCCACGGGGAAGGAGUGGGAGAACCGGCUGGGGUAAUUGAAAUGAAUUGAAAUGAAAAGCAGGAAGUGUGUGUGUGGGAGAGCGAGGAGAUCCUUAAGCUAUCGGUUUAGUUCAGAGGGUUUUCUUUUUAGGGUAAUCAUGCCAUGCUGUUUACUGGCGGCCGGGCUGACUUUUCUGUUUAAGCCGUGCUACCUUCAAGCUGGCGUCUCAUCUUGACAUCUCUCUCUCUCUCUCCCCCUCUCUCCCUCUCUCUCUCUCUCUCUCUCUCCCCCCACCUCUUUCUUUGUUGAUGUGACCAUUUUGUUUCUGUGUGAUACAUUUGUUUUUGUAAAGGAAAUGAGGCCCAGAGUUGGCUUGAGGCCUGUGUCCUCAAGCAACCUUGAAGAAGCCUUUUUCAAACAUUUAAUAAACCUUGUGUUUUUUUUCUACAUCUUGGAUGGAUUUACGUCACAGCAAAGUGCCUGUGUCCUUCCCGCCCUCCUCUGUGUUGUCCGCACACUCAUACUUGAGCUCUUGACUGGAAAACAAUUAGUGGGGAAACUAUAUUUGCUGUGGAAAUUGUGAGUUCAUGACAUUUCUACCUUGGCUGUCGUCCCCUUUAAGUGACAGCUAAUGACUUCAUUAAUAUGAUAAUUAAGCUGUGAUCAUUCUUAGAUUGCCACCGCCAUGGAAACUUCAUUUGGUUUCUUCCCUCGCAUAAUAUUGCUAAUUGCAUGUCAAUUAUGUCAUUUAGCCUACUUAGACAUUAAUUUCUAUGCAAAUGUUAUAUAGCAUGGUGUGGAGGACUGCCGUAGUGCACGUGGAUGGGGCUUCAGUUUUUUCACGUAUUACCUGAACAAACUGAACUCUUCCAAGAACAACUUGCAAAAAAUUCAAGUUCUGACAAUUGUCACCAAAGGUUUAUUUUCUAAAGCAUUCAAAUAAUGGCCCAGUGUACCUGGUUGGAUAUUAAUUAUCCAACUGUUUUUUUCGAUAUUCAUUCUCGAAUACAUACAUUUUCUUCCUUGGAAAUUGUUCCCCCAAACCUGUUCAUCCUCUAUGGUAUGAGACCCGUUGUAACCCUCUCCAUCUCUGUUAACGGUGCCCUGACAUUUCCCCCGUGAGACACGCACACAAUCUGUGCUAGCGGUAGGCUAGCAUUUCCAUCACCACCUGACUUCCUGGUUGUACAGCUCUAAUAAGUAUCGCUACGGUUACCAGAGUAAACCUAUAUCCACACACUCUAUAAGCCAUCGGCUUGAGAGGAGGAAGGAGUAAACACGAGGAGAAAAUGGAUUCUCGGUGUCUAUAUUUCAUGUUGAAAAUUGGCUUGUAAAUCCAGCCGGUUUGAUCUAUGGAACCCGUCAUUGCUUGGAAAAACCUCCGUAAAUGUGUAAUUUCUCCCUUGACGGAACACAGCAAAAGGGGCUAUCUUUCUUUUCAGUACUCCGCCUCCUCUCUCUGUUCUUUCAUUUUUUUGGUCGAUCUUUCCCAGGCCGGUCUUGGAUUAAUGUUAGGCCUCCCUUCCUCCCUCUCUCUUUCUCUCUCUCAACCGCGCUCCCCUGAAAUCUGCGCUUCAUCAAGGCUUGUCCAUUUAUCAAAAAUAAGGCAUCUCCCUCUUUCUCUCUCCGUCCCAGCCUCAAGUUAUAUGGCAGGUACCGUGUAAGAUGGGCUUCAAGAAGGUGGAGGUUAUUAAUAAAAAGGUCUAAAUUGAAAAUGAGUAGGCGUGGAUGCAUCACCAAUCAUGUGUGAAUGAUAAAGACCUCCACCACAACCACCACCACCUCCGCCCACC